GUCCUUCACCUUAACCUCAACUCUCAAAAGUACCAAAACCGACUGGUGUGACCCUCCAUUUUGGUGGCUUUUGGUACAGGCUACAAAAUGCCAAGCCCAACAUGCCCCUUUCCCAUGGUGUGGGUAUGGGAAUGGCUAUGCUUUUAUCUCCUUUGAAACCACUGGCCUUCUCCUCCUCUGCAUUCUCUCAGGACCCAUCAACAUCAUCAUCAUAUCGACCUGCUGUUGUUCUUCCAGGUUUGGGGAACAAUUCAGCUGACUACCAGAAGUUGGAGCUUACUUUGAGUGAGUAUGGAGUGGCCACAGUAGUUGCUAAGGUGUCAAGACUUGAUUGGCUGAGGAAUGCCGCCGGUUUGGUUGACCCAAAUUACUGGCGGGGAACUCUCAGUCCUCGCCCUGUACUAGAUUGGUAUUUGAAGAGGGUGGAUGAGGCCGUACAAGAGGCAAAGGAGCUGGCACAAGGUGGGAAAUUAUCCCUGAUUGGACACUCAGCAGGAGGAUGGCUUGCACGUCUCUACAUUGAAGAAAUUGGGAUGUCCGAUAUAUCCUUGUUGUUGACUCUUGGAACCCCCCACCUGCCACCACCAAAAGGUGUGUCGGGGGUUAUUGAUCAAACAAGAGGUCUCCUGGAUUACGUUGAUAAGAAUUGCUCAAAAGCUGUUUACACUCCUGAAGUGAAAUAUGUAUGUAUAGCAGGGAGGUAUCUCCAAGGUGCUCGUUUGUUUGGGAACUCAAAUGAAAGUAUUGAUUCUGCACUUCCAAUAGCGAGUGUAGAACCUUCAUCAGAGGUUGCUGUCAUAAAUGAUAUGAGCACUUCAACAUCAACCACAACCACCUUGCGUGCUCGCUUUGUCGGGCAAGGGUACAAGCAGGUUUGUGGGCAGGCAGAUGUUUGGGGAGAUGGGGUUGUGCCAGAAGUAUCAGCCCAUCUUGAGGGUGCACUCAAUAUUAGCUUAGAUGGUGUUUACCACUCACCAGUUGGUUCAGAUGAUAUCUUGAGACCAUGGUAUGGGUCUCCUGCUAUUGUAGAGCAAUGGAUACAUCACCUCCUAACCUAAUGAUUUCCAACCUCUAAGGUACUGUAAAGAAAAGAAUAAUUUAUUCGAUGCCAUAGUAAUUUGUCAACUGCCCAUUCACAAGAAUUUUUUUUUUUUCAUGUCGUGCCAAGUUAUAAACUGUAAUCUUUUUCGAAUAUUUUGCAUUCUUCUAGUUCUUUGUUUGUAAUUAAUUAUAAUUUUAUUUGACUUGGACAAGCAGAGGAACUCAUAAUACUGUUGGAAGAUGUAUUGAUCAUGCAAUUUGACUUGAAACCUGUUCUUUC